AUGUACCUGGUAAACCUUGCGGCGGUUGCCCUCUGCGCCAGUCUCGCGGCUGCAGCGCCGACGGGAUGCAACACGGCCAAGUACGUCACCGUUGACACGUCCAACGGUCCCAUUACUGGACAUCUGGCCGACAACUCACAGUGUGUCGUCGAGUAUCUGGGCAUUCCCUAUGCGAAGCCUCCGGUGGGCGAUCUGCGCUUUGCGCCGCCCCAGAGCUUCACCUCCAGGGAGCCGUACGAGGCCAAGAGCUUCGGCUUCGACUGCCCGCUUUCUCCCAGCAAGGCCGUGGACUAUCCGGGAAAGACGGCGCAGGCACAAGAUAUCAUUUCGUACUUUGCCAGCGCCGCCGGUACUCCCCAGAGCGAGGACUGUCUCACUCUGAAUAUCUGGUCCAAGGCGACGCCCAACUCUGCCAAGGCCAACAAGCCUGUCUUGGUCUUCUUCUACGGCGGACGAUUCGCCAUUGGUAACACCAACAGUCCUUUCUACAACGGCAAGUACUUUGCCGACGCUGAGGACAUUGUCGUCGUUACCGUCAACUACCGAAUCAACAUCUUCGGCUUCCCCGGCGCCCCUGGCGAGACUGCCAACCUGGGUCUCCGCGACCAGAGAGCUGCUGUCCAGUGGGUUCGCGACAACAUCUGGCGCUUCGGCGGCAACCCGGGCAAGAUUACCAUUGCUGGCCAGUCUUCUGGCGGUGUCGCCGUGGACUACUGGGCGUACGCCUACCAGAAGGACCCCAUUGUCAGCGGCAUCAUUGCUCCCUCCGGUGAUGCCUUCAGCUUCCCCGUGAACACUGCCAGCGUUCAGGAAAAGAACUGGAACGCAGUCGUCCUGGCCGUCGGCUGUACCGCUGCCUCCGACGUCAUGGCCUGCAUGCGCAAGGUCGACUGGGAGGUUAUCAAGACGGCAGCUGCAGCCAUCAGGCCUGCAAGCAGUUCCAGCGUUCUCCGAUCCAUUCCUCCUUUCUAUCCCAAGCCCGACAACGAGACCGUCUUCUCCGACUACGUCAGCCUCACCAAGGCUGGCAAGUUCGCCAAGCUUCCUAUUCUCUUCGGCCACAACAACAACGAAGAUGGGUACUACCGCAUUCCCGCAUACGGAAACGGAGGAGUCGUGCCUACCGAUGCCCAGGUCACAUCAUUCCUACUCGAGUCGUUCACCUGCCCAGUCUCUUACCAGGCCCAGGCACGCCGCAAUAAUGGCGUUGCUGCUUGGGCUUAUCGUUACAUGGCUGAUUGGGACAACACCCGCCUGUUCCCUACCAGCGGUGCCUACCACGGCGUGGACUUGCACAUGAUCUUUGGCGCUUCCGGCGACGUCAGCGGCAUUGCUCCUACCGCUGAGCAGAAGAAGCUCACUAAGAUUAUGCAAAAUGCCUGGUAUUCUUUCAGCGACAGCCCAUCUAAUGGCUUGUCAAAGCUCGGCUGGCCUCAGUUUAACGCCAAGGAAAAGUCCCUGAUUUUGCUUGGCAACAACACCAAGGCGAGAGUGGACUUUGUGAAGCCGUCAGUGUACGAUGCACCUUGUUCCACCAUUACUAUGGGUGCACUGGGAACAUCCGUUUAG